AUGCGCGACGUCGCUGGAGACGUCGCAGGCGAGUCGCACGCCGAAAAUGACGACUUAACCACGUCGUCGUUCGACGAAACGACAGGCGGAAGCGGAGCCGCCGUCGACGGCGUCUCGGCUGAUCUCUCUACUAGCCGUCGACGGCGGCGGGGUCUUUGGCGGGCGUUAGUCAACAAACAGACAGAUGAUGCCACGGGAACAGACGACCAACUGGAACGGAAGGGACUGUGGCAAGGAGCUCGAAGCGCGCACAUUUCGUGCAUACCUUGCGGCGGGCACAUUAAAGCCACUGGCGGGGCCGAAGGUCACGACCGCGACGAAAACGGAGACCGAAGCAGCUCGUGGUCCAAGUUUCCGAAAUCGAUUUCGGGGAGUAGUGGUAGCAGGAGCGGACGGAGAGGAGACGCCGCUGACGACGGCAAGGACAUCGAAGCGGCGAUCCGCGUGCGCACCGCGGACUUCGACACGAAGAGCGAGAACCACUAUGUGGUCGUGAUCCACGGGACGUUCGACGCGCCACCGCCGGACGGCGCGCCGACGUGGUACCAACCGCCGGCGCCCGGCGAGCAAAACUUUUGCCGGAAGCUGAGCCGGCUGCUCGCGCUGGGACCCAUCGGCGAGGAUGCCAUCUGGCGCGACCUGCCGUGCUCCGCGCUCCCGGGAAUCCCGUACCCGUUCCACUGGGACGGCACCAACACGCACGCCGGCCGCGUAACCGCCGCGAUGAAGGUGAGUGGGAGGAACGAGAAGGACGGUGAGCGGAGGAGGGAAGGAAAGGGGGAGUACAUGGCGAAGUUGGGGCGGCGGUCAAAGAACGAGUGGCACCCGGCGGUGGCGAGGCAGUUUUGGGCGGCACACAGGCGGAGCUACGAGCUGAUCAAGAAGUGGCGGCGCAUCGACAUGCGCGGCUCGUGGUGGCGUUUUUUUCCCCUCCUCAUAGUGUUCCGAGGGUUCAACGGGCAGAGAGCGAGCGGAGUGAAGGAGAGCUACCCGUGGGCGUACCAGCAGUGGCUGGACUCGCUGCUGCGCCUGCCAGCGGUGCGGCAGCGGCGCUUCCUGGCGUUCCGCCACGCCACCUCGCCCAUCACCAACGCCCUCGGCGCCCUCGUCUUCCUCGGCACGCCCUUCUACAUCAAAAAGUGGCAGAGCAAUGGCUUUAUCUGGCUCUCCGUGUCCACGGUGCUCAAUGUGGUGCUGCUCUAUGUCUUCAUUCUCGUCUACACGUCCAUCUGGCAAAUCAUCGUGCUGCUGAUUGCUGGCCGCCCCGAAGACUUCUAUGGCCAGAGUGCGCCUCCUUUCGUCAUAGCCACUGGAAUCAUGCUUCUCAUCAAUGUCAAGCAAGUCAUGGAUGUUCUGCGCACCACAGUGUUCUACAGUGGCAAUCUCUACCACAAGCCGAGCUUUGAUUGGUCGCCAGCCAUGUCUGCUCUCGUCAUUCAUGCCGGCAAGCUCGAUGAGGCCAGUCUAGCUCUAUCCAUGGAGCCAAUCACGCGCGCUUACGUCUUCCCCCACCUGACAAAACUCCUGAAGCAGACCCCCUGGGCGCCCUUCCCCAAGCCUCCCACGCGCUACGCACGCCAGGUGGACUGGUGGGCCUUUUUCUUCCACUGCGCCAUCAUUUUCGUGUGGGACACACUCUUCUUUCUUCCAGCCGCCAUCAUGUCCGUCUGCUCGCACAUCAUCGCGCCCAUCGUGACUGGCUCGCUCCAGAAGAUGAUUGUCACCGUCAGCUUCGGGCUGUCGCCUGGCGAUUUGAACUAUGCGUACAUUUACGUGGAUGAGCACUUGGAUCUGGAUUUGGCUACUCAGCAAGUUGACCACUGGAACGUCCAGAAACUGCUGGCAGAGGCGAAGACCAAGUCGCUCAAGGGAGAGUUGAUGCCCGGCUAUGAGGACGACACAGUGGAGCAACCCGAGUGGCUGGAACCCGUAUUGCAGUCGCCCCGCCCGCCCUCACACCUGCACUCUCCACAUGAAGCAACACCAACAGGAGCAGCAGAAUCAGCAGCGGCUGCUUCUGCUGGUUCUCCCGUUGAUCCCUCAACCUCUCCCCUCGGCACGCAGCAGACUCAGGGCGCGUUCGGGAGACCAUGGAACAGGAAGGGAGCCAGGGGCGGGCGGCUGACAACGCUGGCUGCAGUGGCGGAGGCAGUAGUAGAAGCAAAUGAAAGGGGGUUGAGUUUCGGGUCACCUGAGAGGGAACCACAGGCAGGAGCAUCUGUAGGGGUGCAUGAGAGGGAGGGGGUAGGAGCAGCAGCAAGGGGCUAUCAGGCAGGUGAGACUGCAGCAGAAUGGUCUGAGCAAGCCCAGGCAGGGGUAGGCGCGGGGAGGGGAGGAGGAGAGGGGAGAGAGGCGGAGGGGCGUGUGGUUAUGGGAGGGGUUGCAGAACGGGUGGUGCAGAAGGGGGGGAGUGGGGGAGAGGAAGAGUGGUUUGAUGCACCCGAAGGAGAGUGGGAGGGAAGGGGGGGGAAAAGCCCGCAGAAGCAACAGACGCAGCAGAAGCCGCAGAAGCAGCAGAAGUUGUUGAGAAAUGUCAGCUUGGACCGACCAGAGGAGGAGCAGCAGAGCCUGGAACGAGCGGCUGAAUUUCUGGCUGGCUUAAACUCGCCUCCAGUGCCAUCUCCAUCGCCUCUACCCCGGCCGCUGCCACACGCGCCUCCAGCCUUCUCGCCUCACGCAGCAGGCCUCCCCACCUUGUCUGUUCCUGGUGUUCCUGGGGGUUCUUCAACAACUCGUGCUGGCGACCCAGCCCAUUCCACGGCGGACGAAGCUUCUGGGAAGGUGCAUGACGAUGCUUCUGCAUCAGCAGCAGCCGCAGCAGCCGCAGCAGCCACGUCCGUGCCAGAAGCACCGGCUGAAAGUGGAAAAGAGAAGCUAGUGUACGAGUUCCUGUGGGACGACCAGGAGCUGGCAGUGAUGGCAGAACAAUCACAGACCUUCCAGCGGCUCAAGUCCCAAAUGAACAAAAUCGGGCGCAACCCGCGGCUGAGCGAGCGCGAGUUUGAGCGGCAGUUGCAGCAGCUGUGUGUCAUGAUUGAGGAACGAAUGGGAGAGCUCACCGGGCGUUUCGACUUGAAUCACGGGGCGUAUUUCCGUGACCCGCGCAUCCUGCGUGUCAUUGCGCAUUUCAUUGAGAAAAGGGAGCUGCCGGAGUGGUCCAAAGGGAUUGACGGGGAUAUCUGGCGGUGGAACGAGAAUCUGGCUAAGAUCCAGUCAAAGCAGCUGCAGCAGAUGGCCAUGGGGGGUGGUGGGGCCGGAGCGGGAGGACCGGGAAAUUCGGGAGGUUCGGGAGGUUUGGGAGGUUCGGGAGGGAAGGUAGGAGAGAGCUCGUCAAGAGAGAAGGAGGGUUCUGGCGGCUCUAGUGGUGCCGCGAAGCUGAGGUCUCUGAUUAAGAGCAUGCGAGGAGGGAGCGGGAGGGAAGGAGCAGCAGCAGGAUCAGCAGCAGCAGGGAUGGGAACGUGUGACGGAUGGGAUGUGAAGCUGCAACAUUAG